CAAGUUUGCGGGAAGGGUGAAGAGGACGGCUCAGGUACUUACAAGGUGCAAAGUUGUCAAAACAAACGAGUGUUAUCACUAUGAAAUAUUAUUUUUCAAUUUCAAUUUUCAUUCAGUUUUUCCACUUCUUUAUUUGAUAUAAAAUUUGAAUUUUAUGUAAUUAUUGAACGAACGAAUUACCGGCGUUACUUUUUAAUGUAAAAGUUUUAUUAAUUUGAAGAUUUAUACUGGAACAGAUCGCGAAAAAUGAAAAAACGCGUUGUCGUUACGGGUCUAGGUGUUAUUUCCCCGGCUGGUUGCAAUAAAUCGGAUUUAUGGAAAAAUGUGUUAUCCGGAACCUCUUGUAUUACAAAAUCCAACAUAGAACAUCCCGAGCAUGAGAAAUUCCCCAGCAAAGUGGCAGGCAUAGUAUCCGAGAAAGAAAUGACGAAUCUGAUUAAAAAAUAUGGAAUGGCCGAGAGCUACCUCAAAACGAUGACAAGAUCGACUCGUAUGGCUAUUCUAGCGACCGAAGAAGCCAUUAACGAUGCGAAACUGGAAAAUAUAAGCGAACAAUUGAAAGAACAAACCGGAGUGGCGGUAGGAAGCGGAUUGCCCGAUUUUUCAGACAUACUGGAAUCUGGAAGGAUGUUAGAAAAAUCUUAUAAUCGUUUGAGUCCUUACUUCAUUCCAAAAAUACUCCAAAAUAUGGCUUCGGGUCAAAUAAGCAUGAGAUACGGUUUUCAAGGUCCGAAUCAUUGCGCAUCUACCGCAUGUGCUACCGGUGCUCAUGCUAUCGGCGAUAGCUUUAAAAUCAUACAAAACGGUAUGGCUACCAUCAUGGUGAGCGGAGGCACCGACGCAUGUUUAAACCCACUAACCGUUGCUGGAUUUUGUCGAUUACGAGCAUUAUCGACAAAUUUCAACGAUACACCUGAAAAAGCCUCCAGACCUUUCGACGAAAAACGCGAUGGUUUCGUGAUAGCAGAAGGAGCUGCGGUAUUAAUUUUAGAAGAAUUGGAACACGCUCUAUCUAGAAAUGCGACUAUUUAUGCCGAAAUUUUAGGAUACGGAUUAUCUGGCGAUGCUUCAAAUUUAACAACACCUCACCAAGAUGGAAAAGGAGCUGUAUUGGCUAUGCAGCAAGCGAUCAAAGACGCCGAAGGAGUUACUAAAAAUGACAUCACAUAUGUAAAUGCUCACGCUACAUCCACUCCUAUCGGAGAUCAAAUCGAAUUAUCCGCUAUCGGUUCGCUAUUGCAAGGAAAUGGCAAAAUAAUCGUAUCAUCUAUGAAAGGAUGCCAUGGUCAUUUAUUAGGAGCUGCUGGUUGUAUCGAAACACUCAGCACAGUAUUAGCGUGUUACCAUGCAGUUAUACCUCCGACAGCGAAUUUGGAACAAUGCUGUUCGAAUAAUCCCUCGUUGAAAUGUAUUACUGAAAAACAAGAGUGGAAAGAUGUCAGUAGACGGAUAGCGUUGAAAAAUGCGUUUGGAUUUGGGGGAACGAAUGCGUCGCUGUGUAUUUCGAAUUUCUAGUUUCGAUUUUAAUUGUAAUUAUGAAUAAUGAAUUUGUUACCGGUAUUUUAAUAAUGUUCCAGUUUUUCCUAUUUAGAAAUAAAUUACGUUUGUUUUGAA